AAUUACAUUCGCCCAGGCAGCACAAGGAAAACAUGAUGAGGCUCUGGCCCCAACUUGAGCCUUAACCUACAAGAAAGAAUGUCGUGAUAAUUGACCACGGUAUCAUAACACGCUUUUUUAAUCUGAUUUACACCAUUACAUUCUCUGAACCGAUCGUCGUGGACCCGGAGUUCAGGUAAAUGUUUUUCUAGGGCCCAGGGUUUUGAAGCUUCACCAUGCAAUUCCUAUCCGAGACAUUCUCACUCAUCAGUUCUUGGAUGUACUCGAGAACUGAGCACGGGUCUACUCUAACCUUGCCAACGGCGGGCAAAUGACCACACACCUCCCAAUCAUUGCAGGUAUCGGAAAUUUUCAAACCAACCUCACUCUUCUCUUCCCUCCUCCUCCUCCUUUCUUAUCCUUUGAUCACCGCCUUCCCCAUAAACCACAACCAACCUACCGUAUACCCUGUACCCUUUUAUCUCUCAGACUUAGCUAUGCGAGGGAAAUGGACCCAGCAGCACAAACAGCAAGAGCCGCAGCAGCAAGAAAUGGUACAAGUUGGCAUGUCAUCCAUCUCUCCCCAUUUAUACCAUAUUCGCAUACAUAUCUUCCUCCAAUGAUGCGUCUCCACAUAUGAAACAAACACCCUCAAUCAUGUUCCCCUUCCGUACGAAACCAUGAACCUUCGCGGUAAUGCUAAUUGCAAUCGCUCCUUUCUGUAUUUGUAGAUCGCUCAGGUCUCCCCGUUUUGGAGAGGUCGCUCAAGUAAUUCCACCCGGACACAGAGGGAGAGUUCGCAGACACGAGAUCCCUCAAAAAUUGUCGGCGCCUCAUACUCACACACCGACAUGCUAAAGUUCGAAUCACUAUCCGUUCAACCAAAACCACCAGUUGCUUCCGGAGGCCAUACACCUUCCCCCCCUUUACCAAAUGGUCCAGUAAAGAACUUCUCCGAUUACAUGAAUCAGACGGAUGAUGAUUGGGAUGCGGAUGUAGGGGACGAGACACCGGAUGACUUUCUACAGAGAAAAUUGAAGCCACCGCUAUCCAUUGAGCAUCAACCCGCUGUUGGCUCUAAGCUCGGGGGACCCUCUAGCAGUACAAAUCUAGCCUCGAAGGGGCCGUCUUACCCUAGCCCAAGAAGGAAGGACAACCAGGGACUCAAGCCACAGUUCGAAGGCCUGGUCCGAGACCCCGGCAACUCUUUACACAUGAUCUACCACCCCACACUAUCCUUGGACACCCAUACGGAGGCCGAGAUAGAGCGACUGAAUGCUCGUAUCAAGCGCAUUAACAAAUUUAAGCGUAUCUUGCAAUCGUCGACGGUGGACUUGAACGAGUUAAGGGAGAUAUCAUGGAAUGGAAUACCAGACGAGCUCCGGCCGAUGGCGUGGCAGAUGCUGCUGGGAUAUUUACCCGCAAACAGCGACCGUAGAGUCAGCACGUUGGAACGUAAGAGGAAGGAGUUCAUAGACGGUGUGAAGCAAGCUUUCGUCCGAGGUACUAGCGGAUUAGAUCAGACGAUAUGGCACCAGAUAUCCAUCGACGUACCUAGGACUAACCCGCAUCUUCCACUAUAUGGAUUCGAGACGACGCAGCGCUGCUUGGAGCGGAUAUUGUAUGUUUGGGCGAUACGACAUCCAGCGAGCGGAUAUGUGCAGGGAAUCAACGAUCUUGUGACGCCUUUCUUUCAAGUUUUUUUGUCGGCAUAUAUAGAUGGUGAGGUGGAAACCUUCGAUCCAAGUUCUUUGCCAAAAGAGGUUCUAGAUGUGAUUGAAGCAGAUUCUUUCUGGUGUUUGACAAAAUUGCUCGAUGGCAUACAGGACAAUUACAUUCACACCCAGCCCGGGAUUCAACGACAAGUCACAGCCUUGAGAGAUCUGGUGCAGAGAAUAGACGUGGGCUUAACCAAACAUCUCAGCGAGCAGGGAGUCGAGUUUAUUCAGUUCAGUUUCCGCUGGAUGAAUUGCAUGUUAAUGCGGGAGGUCAGUGUGAAGAACACAAUACGGAUGUGGGAUACAUAUAUGGCGGAAGGACAAUCUGGGUUUUCGGAGUUUCACCUCUAUGUUUGCGCAGCAUUUCUGGUCAAAUGGUCGGAACAGCUUCAGAAGAUGGAUUUUCAGAACGUAAUGAUGUUCCUCCAAUCUCUCCCAACACAAUCCUGGGGCGAGAAGGAAAUGGAAAUCCUCCUCAGCGAAGCCUUCCUCUGGCAAUCCCUCUUCCGAAACUCCAGCGCCCACCUUCGCCAGCCAACUUCAAAUGCAUCUCUCCCAAGCAUAACCUUAUGAUAUACCCAUGCACCUAUCUUUCUUUACCACGCCCAUAAGAAAGGAAACCCCACCCCUUCUAAUUCCCACAUGUACAAUAUUAGCAAAAACGAAAAUACAAUCAAACUAACCUCUCA